GGACGACGGGGACGGGGACUCCGCUCCUCAAGAGCGCGGCUCCGGGGCUGCUGUCGCCCGCACAGGCGGCCGGUCCCCUCGGCCUGGACCUGCAGAAGCAGAGAUCUAGAACAUCAUCAGGAUCUCCUCAUCCAAAAAACACAAAGAAAGUUCACUUUAUCAAAAACAUGCGCCAAUAUGACACCAGAAACAGCAGGAUCGUUCUUAUCUGUGCAAAAAGGUCACUGUGCUCAGCUUUUUCUGUAUUGCCUUAUGGGGAAUUCAUUAACAAUAGUGACAAUAAGUUGGAAGGACAAAGGCAACGCAAUCCUUCAGGUGGUGGUGGUUCAUCAACAGACAUGAUUUUGGGACUUGAUGGAGUUGAACUGGGUGCGGACGGAAAGGACUGUGUGAGGCCAAGAAUAUCAAUAAAUGAAGAAGGACUAAAGGUGGAACCAUUAAAGUCAGUCUCAUAUGCACAAUUUCUGUAUCCAACCAAUGCUUUUGUGACGCAAAAGAGUGUAUCGGAGGUUUCAGGUCCAUGUCUACCUGCUCGAACUAGCGUGCAUCGAAAUGUUGCAUCUGGAAGAAUAAGUAAUGCCACAGUAGCAAUGGAAUUAGGGAGUGAAUCCGGAGACUUGAUAGAAUAUGAUCCUAAUCUUCUGGACGAUCCACAGUGGCCAUGUGGAAAACACAAAAGGGUUUUAAUCUUUGCGUCUUACAUGACAACAGUAAUUGAAUAUGUGAAACCAUCUGACUUGAAAAAGGACAUGAAUGAAACCUUUAAAGAGAAGUUUCCUCACAUUAAGCUGACACUCAGUAAGAUAAGAAGCCUGAAACGGGAGAUGCGGAACCUAGCUGAAGAAUGUAACUUGGAACCCUGUACUGUAGCUUUAUCUUUUGUUUACUUUGAGAAGCUUGUACUCCAAGGAAAAGUCAACAAGCAGAACAGAAAGCUUUGCUCAGGUGCCUGCUUACUGCUAGCAGCCAAAAUCAGCAGUGAUCUCAAGAAGCACGAGGUUAAACAUCUGAUUGAUAAACUGGAAGAAAGAUUAAGAUUAAACUCCAAAGAGCUGGUCUCUUUUGAAUUUGCAACACUUGUGGCGUUAGAGUUCGGCCUCUACCUUCCUGGGAAAAAAGUGUUUCCUCAUUACAGGCGCCUUGUCCAACAAUCUUAGGCAAGACUACAUUCCUACUGAAGACCACAAACUUAGGACAAAUGGGAAGACUUACUCUGAAAUGCUGCAAUAGUUUAUACUGUGAUUCUUUUCCCAUAAUGAGCAAGAAGUUACUUGCAAAGUACUGAUUCAGCCAGCUGCCAUCAGUUUUUUUUUAAUACCAGAUUUGUGCCACUUUUUUUUAAUGUGGAAGCACUUUUAUAUAAUUGGAUGAACCUCGUGAACUGAUAUAUUUAUGUAGCAUCUGUUCUAUGUCACGUGACAUGAUUAUAUUGAGAACUAUACCAAAAAUUGAGGAAUGGGUACCACAACGUUCCUGGACUGGCGCUACUGUGAUUUCACUUUCUAUGCUGUUUCUUCUUCCAAGCAUUGUUCUACUGUAAUGGUAAAUAAUGACUGCUCUUAGUUGCACAAUUAAGCAAGCACUCUACAUUAGAGCUACUGAUUCAGCACAUUUAUAGUGCUAAGCGGUAAAUAUGUUUGGGAAAUUUUUGUUUUUCUCUGAUGUAUAUAUUAUGUGAAAAUGUUUAGUUUUCAAUAAAAAUUGUACUACUUUUUAUGUCAACUCCAUCUAAAAACUUUCCUUCUAAUAAAUUUGCAACAUCUUCCAUGGUCCAAUUCUUAACCUUAGCAUUGGAGGUAGUUAGGAAAUUAAUAAUGUGUUAGUAAUUAAAUUGGUCAUUAACUUUUUGUGGAAGAUUGCUAUGUGCAAAUGAGCUGCCGCAUUCUCCUACAAAUGGUCACUCCACAAUAAAAUCCUGUGAUGCGCUUUGACCACUAUACCAAAAAUUAUCAAUUGAAAUGAUUAUUAAUGAUUAUUUAUUGGAAAUUGUAAUGUCAAAAUCCAAUUUGACUCCUUUAAACUUAAUUGGGAACUCUAAAUUGUUUGCUUUAAAUGUUCUGAUGUGUUGUACACUUUAAAAUGUGUAUUCAAUUUAUCCAAAUCUAUAUUGCAUCUUAAUUUUUGAGGCAAAUUUUUUCGGAAUUGUAUGACAAUUUCAUGGUUUAGUAGUGGAACCAGGGGAAGAUGAAUUCGGAAGUUUGCAUAUGGUGCCAACUUUUACUAGACGAUGGUUUGCAGCUGUUGGACAGCAAUUCUUUAAAAACUGUGAAAAAGCACAAUACAAUCACCUAUUUGUUGAGGUGUCUUCUCUCUUUUUGUUUUGCAAUUUCUGUUACAAAGGUUUUCAACUCCCGAUUGUAACUAGUCUGUUACUUAACUGUUGCUGAAAUGUGCAUUGUUUUACUUCAUGGAGUCUCCAGAUCAAAUUUGGUUUAUAAAGUACUAUGCCUAUUUAUUUGUUGUAUGUUAAGGGAAAAAAUGAGAACCCACUUAUUUGUUACCUGCAUUAUUUUCUAUCCCAUUUCCGUGUUGCUGUAGACAAGCAGAGAACUAUUUAGGUAAUUCUAAAUAAUCUUUGGCAUUUUUCUAAGCUAUGUCGCACCGUGUCUCUUGUUGUACACAUUGAUUAAUUAAAAAGCUUUAAUUGGUCUGUUA